AUGGUGCACACCUCAUUGACUGUCGCUCCUCAGGAUUUCAAGGAGGGUAUGGACUGGCUGAUGGCCCUUAAGGGAGCUGAUCCUGAAAACAACUUGAAGGCCAUGGGCGCCGCCGUUUACGAUCUUCUCAAAAGCAAUGCUCUCGGGGUGGAUGUGUUGGACGGUCUCAAAAAGGUACAGGGCGUUUCCCAGAAGUUCUUAGAUCAAGAGGGUCUGAACAAACAGUUAUUUGUAAAAGAAUUCUUGCAAAGGAUCGCCAUGCCUUUGAAUAAAAAGUCCGACGUAUUUGCUGAUUGCCCGCAUAUAACUGCUGAAACCAUCGCAGAGAACAUAGGUGAAGUUGUCAACGGUUGUCAUAAGUUUUUGGAGACGAGCAAAAUCCCUACACAGUACGAUUCUGCUUACAGUUCAGCAACGUGGGAUGCAUCAUGUUCGAAAAACCCGAAAGAUUGUGCAGUGAUGCUUGUAGGUAUUGCGCCAAUGUUAUACACUGGCCUGCGUUCAUUGCAGGUUGCGAGCCAUGCUGCGGCCAGGAAAGAGUUGGGUCAUGAGGCUAAGAAGCGUAUGGACGAGGUAUUAAAUGCUGUUGGUUACACAAACACGAAGAGCCCAGACAAAAUGGGCAGUUCAACUUUGUACCAGGCGUUGAAUGAUGUGGAUGAGAAAGUGUUGUCCGUACUUCACGACCUCGCCGGUUUCUGGGCUUUCGAUGUAUGCGACAAUAAAAAGGGUCUGAAAGUCAAACGCAUUAUGGAACCGAAGGAUGUUAAAUCCGUCGACCCUGAGGCCGAACCAUCAGUUGACGGUGAAGGUGAACAGUAUGUCAUUCCUGAGGCUGAACCAACCUUUGAAGGUGAAGGUGAACAGUCUGUCAUCCCUGAGGCUGAACCAACCUUUGAAGGUGAAGGUGAACAGUCCGUGAUCCCCGAGGCAGAGCCAACCUUCGAAGGUGAGGGUGAACAGUCUGUCAUCCCUGAAGCUGAGCCAACCUUUGAAGGUGAAGGCGAGCAGUCCUUGAUCCCUGAAGCUGAACCAACCUUUGACGGUGAAGGUGAGCAGUCUGUCAUCCCUGAGGCUGAGCCAUCUGUGGAACCCGCAGGUGAAGAGCCUGUUAUCCCCGAAGCUGAGCCAUCCGUUGAGCCUGUUAAACCUGAAGGUGAUGAGGAUACGAAAGCUGCAGGUAAAAACCCCGCAAAAAUGGCUAAAGUGGCAAGGUCUGUAAAGGCCGCCAAGAAAGCUGCCAAGAAGGUUUCCAAGAAGGCCCGCCAGAAAAAGCAGAAGAAACAUAAAAAGCAGCAGGAAUCCACUGAGCAGUGA